AUUGGUUGACGUGAAGCGAACAGAUGAUAGAAGGCGGAACCAACCAUAAUGCAGAGCAGUAGUGUUGCAUAGUGUAGUAGUUUUGUUAAAUAUCAAAUUAAGCUCUGUGAACUACAACUUCUGCUAAAUAGUGAGCUUGUUUAUUUAGUAUGGACACCCUUCCAGCAAUGAUGUUCUCCUCUGAGCAGGAGGAGAAGUAUUAUUUAGACUGCAUGGGCUACUUCUUCAUAUUCAUGGCUGUAUGCACUUUCUUUACAUUGCUCUUUGAAAACGUGCCCUAUGGUCGAUAUGCUUCGGGUAAAUAUGGAUUUCCAAUCAACGUCAAAUUUGCCUGGUUCGUUCAAGAGUUACCUGCAUUCAUGGUGCCCCUCUACCUCGUUUUGUGGACGCCUUCUGCAAAAACUUCACAGCUACCGAAUGCACUGUUGAUAGCAAUGUAUUUUUGCCACUAUGUUCAAAGGUCCCUUGUUUAUCCAUUUUUAAUUCGAGGAGGUAAACCUACACCUGUGGUCUCGUUCGUCCUAGCCAUUGUAUUCUGCAUAGUUAAUGGCUACAUGCAGAUACGAUAUUUGAGCCAUUAUGCCGAAUACCCAGAAGGAUGGGUGACACACCCCUGCUUCAUCAUAGGAUGUGCUCUGUGGUUGGUUGGCUGGCUGGUGAAUCUUCACUCUGACCACAUCCUACGGAAUUUAAGAAAGCCGGGAGAGACAGGAUACAAGAUCCCCAGAGGGGGUUUGUUCGAGUAUGUCUCCGGAGCAAACUUCCUAGGCGAGAUAACGGAGUGGGCAGGCUUCGCUCUGGCUGGCCAUUCGGUGCACAGUACAUCCUUUUCCAUCUUUACCCUGGUGGUCCUCGCUAGCAGAGCUGUGGCCCACCACAGAUGGUAUCUCAAUAAAUUUGAAGACUACCCUGAAUCUAGGAAGGCGCUUAUACCCUUUGUGUUCUAAAAAAACAGAAGUAAGAGCAGGUACCUGGUGUCAGAGGGGAAGCUGAUCAAGAGACUCCUACCCGACACGUCAGGGAUGGGCCACAAAAGGAGAGGAAUGAACCAGCGAUGGAACACAUUCCUCCACCUUCAGGCCUGAAAUUAAAAGGAUGGUUUGUGCCUCACACUCAAAGUGGAGCAAAUGAAGCAAAGAGAAAUAAAGACAGAAAUAAACUAAAGUGGAUGAGGUGAUGGUGACGUUGGAGGGGGGUGGAGUCACAUUAGGAACUCCCUCGAGGUGGGGGGGGGCCAUCUGAAAACAAGUUGAGUGGUACUUUGGGUAGAAAGACAUACUAAACGUGAACAUGGUAGAUUUGAUUUGUUGCAGUGUUGCCAAGAUAUGCUCACUUCAGCGAUUUUAAAGGAAUUCUCAGGCUUUUUGUGAAAUAGAAGUUGUUUCAUCUUAUUGUCAAAAGGGAAGUACCAUACUCAGUUAAUUUUAUUUAAUUUCUCAAUUCGUCAGGUGCUUAAAUAGAGCGAGUUUAAGUAACUCAAACUCAACAUGCAACAAAAACGAUUGUUAAUCUCUGAAUGAAAAGUGUUUAUCUCUCAAACAUUUAGCUGCCUCUUAUAAGAUGUACCCUAUGAAUUUCAUUAAAAUUUAGGGAUCUGUAUUCAUCUUUCUAGCAAACCUGUUUCUCAUCACAGUAGCAGAGAGAGCAUGAACCUCUUUCAUUUCUGUCUGCGACCGCAGUAUAUUGCAUGGCUAGAACAAUUUACUCAUCCAUAUCGUCGACUCAAAUCUAAUUCUAAAUGACGUGACACUGCAUGUAAUGCGCCCACAGGCUAGUAGAAGUUGAUAGUGCAGUGUGAAUGCAGAUUCCCUCCAAAUAUGGGGUAAAUAUUUGGAGGAUGCUGCACCAUCAGCCUAAUUACUAUUUCACCACAUCUGGUCGCACACAGCUCCCUUCUAAAAUAUUAGGCUCUUUUUAUUCUAGACCUGACUGUUAUGUUGACAUUGUAUAUUUUACUCAGUAUGGAGCCGCUAUUUCUGUCUCACUAUCCCCCGUCUUCGCGAGUGUGCGUGCACAUUCAGCCAAGAUUAAUGUGCCUAUAACAGAGGUGUAUCGCUGCUGUGAACGCAUGAAACGGUGUCCGGAUGCAAGAACACAGGGCUACGUAAACACUGAUUUACUGUAAACGACAGCAAGUAUCUAUUCAAUUGGGGAUCUUAGCGUGAGAGAGGAUGUUUUCCUUUGCGUUUAUACAGUGGGAGGGGCCGGGUGGCCUGGAUGUAAUGUGAGAGUGACACGCUCACC